AGGUCAUGGGAUUUCGGUGACUGCAUUGUGACUCUACUGACGGCGAAGAAGGAGGCUUCAAGUAGUUUCAAGGCGUCACGAAAGAGAGACCCCAAUCUCGUUCCAAAAAAGAUCUACCCAGAUGUGAAGAAGUUGCAAGAGACGAGUGUGAAAUAUACAGAAAAAAAAAAUCAACUAAAGCCCGGUUUUGUGUGAAAGAUCGAAAGAGAAGUUUUUAUUUGUUUAUACUGUUUUGUGCUGACUAUGUUAAAUGUACAAAAGAAAUAGAAAUAACACAAUAAACGAAGAGUAUAAAUACACUCGUAGAUUACUAGGAAUACAAAUAAAAGCAAGCGGAAAUUAUUAAUGAAGAAAAAAAUGAAAGGUAAAUGUCAGUGCUAGACGCUUGUGUGGUUAGAACUGAUUAUGAUGCAUUAAGACAAGGAAACAAAAACUGACAAUGAAUUUUAAAAAAUGAAUAAUGUUUCAUCUAGUGUAUUCCUAGCUUCAUGUGACACGUGUGAAUCUAGGCAGUCUUAUUACUUUGUUAUCGGUAAGAAGCACAGGUGACGACAAGUACUAUGGUGUUAUUCAGAAACCUUUGUUAUCAUUGUUAUCUAAAAUCAGAAACUGGUAUUUAACCCGUCAUAAAAACACGUCUUAUUCCUAAAUGUGUGCUGCUAAGUGAUUCUUAUUGUUGAGUUAUUUGUUGAUAAAUAUAUACUCUAUAUCCUGUAUCGCAUCCGUAAGUGUGUACGAUGAACAAGAAAAGAGGUUUGGCUAAUAUGACGGCAGCAACACCUCAGUAAUGGAAGCCACACUGACAACAAGAUGCCUCCAGACAGCUCUCUCCUCGUCGCCGCCAUCCGCUGUCACUUCCCAACAGACACUCGCAGAUCAGAAGCCUUCCCAGGAACUCUCUCCCGAUUCGGGGAACGGAGAAGACCUGGACGAGUUUGAUCCUCUGAAGGCCUCCCCGAAAUGCUCUGACACGAAGAACGAAAGCGACCAGGAAGCGCUGAGGAGUCUAAGUAACUCGACGAUCUCCCCGUUCGACUGUCUCGACAAGGGCAGAGAUAUGACAGCAGUGGAAUCGGCGGAGGCCAACCAGCUAAGUGUCGAGAAGGACGGUUCACCGGAGAGUGAGUCAGGAGGACAAGUAACUAUAGAUAGUCACAAAAUAAGAUCAAAGGAAAGUGAAAGAAAAGAACAGUUCUCAACACUCAGUGAAAAAGAAGCGAAUUUGAUAUCAUUGGAGGAAAAGCCACAAGUCUCCCUAAUUUCACCAAACCUUGGUGCGCAAAAUAUACCUAAAGAGAGUAUUGUACAUUAUUCAGAUGCUUUUAACAAUAGAGUGCUUAAUUCCUCCAUCCUCGCUACAUGUGGUUCCUCCCUCCCAUGUGGACCUUUUUCUAGAUCUUGUACACCCAUAAAAAAGAACCAACAGCACCAAGAAAUGAGUGGGCCCUUCAGUCUCCCUGAAGGAAAAGGGGCAUUACAUGAUGGUAUAUUUAAAACUCUGCCAUAUCAGCUUAACUGUGAUAAAACAAAAAGAGGACCCUUCAGUAUCCAAAGCCUUGAAACAGCACAGGAACCAACAACAUGUACAAACCUUUACUACCCUGAGUAUUAUAGUAAUUAUCGUAGUCGUCUCGUAAGGAGGUAUACAAAUCCAGAGGUUGUGAGAACACAGCCUAUGUCAGGGGGCCUUCUAACCACGUCUUGUGAGCUUAUAACAUCUCUGCCGGGACAGUGCGCAUGUGUCAACCCUGGUACGAGCCAUGCCUGUGCAGCCAGGCCCACACAUAAAUUGUCUCCAGGUGUUCUCAACCCAGUCUUUGACCAAGGAAGUUGUGAAACGCGUGUUACUUUUGCCUCGAUGCCUUCUACACCAAGAAAAUUUUCACUUGAUCUAAAUUAUAUUCCAAGAGAUUUCAGUUUACCUGAAUUUCCUCAAACAGCCGUAUCCUCUGUCAUUCCCAUCCGUCUAAAGGAGGGAACUCAACUUGUCUCUCUUGAUUCAGCCAAGCCUGAGUAUCAGUGCCUCUCGUCGCAGCCUUCUCCGCCUAUUGUCUCUUCGUCUGAGGAUCAGAACAAUCACUGCCAUCAAAACACAGACACAAAUUCUUCUGCAAUAUCCCAGGGAGUAUCAGAAUCUUCCUUCAGUGUAACUACAAGUAGCUCAGCUUCUGGUACAGGUUUACAAUCCUUAGCCUACAAAGACCUGGGCAGAGACCUCCCCAGCCUUAAUGCUAUGGCAAAGGUGCUAGGAACGGUGAGGAGUAGUGUGAAACCUCCCGUUCUCACCUCCCCAGACUGGUUUAGUUUCUUAACUCCUUCCCAGGAAUCUUACACUCAAAAGCUCUUCACUCCUGGGGAUCUGCAAGACGAACUCAUGUACCCUGCGCCAUAUGGGAUCGCUUCAGAAGUCUAUCAAAAUAUCAAUGCUCAGGAAGCUGACUUUGUCCUCCUUAAACCUAGUCGGAAGCCUAGAACGGAACCUUUGCCUCCACUUCAAAGGCAGACACAGCACCCAAGGAUAGUGAUUCUAAAACAUCAAAUACAGUAAAGACUACUGA